AUGCCUGCGUCAAUCACAGGACCAGAGUUUCCCAGAGUCAAAAAAUGCGUUGUCAAUCCCAAGUCACUUGACGGCUCAGAACUCUACGGUGGAUUUAGCACCACUACACGCGAGUGGACUGAUGGAGUAUUUUCAGCAUUGCUUCGAACAUGCUGCAAUGAAGUGCAGCUACAAAGCAGAUGCAGUAGAUGGGUUGUACUUGAUGGACCAGUUGACACGACGUGGGUAGAAAGCAUGAAUUCACUUCUUGAUGACAGCAAAACACUGACGCUGACGAACGGAGAUAGAAUUGAGCUACAUCCCCAGGUGUCGUUGCUUUUCGAAGUUGAAAACUUAUCGGCUGCGUCUCCAUCUACCGUUAGUCGAGUAGGCAUACUCUUUAUGGACCCUGCAAUGCUAGGCUGGGCCCCGUAUGUGGAUGCAUGGAUAGCCAAACAAUACGGCGUAGACGAGUCAGCUCAAUAUUUGCGAUCUCUCUUUGACAAGUAUCUACCAAAAUUGCAGCAGGCAGUUCACGAAUGUGAACAAGUCGUGAAAUUAUCGAAAGUUGGGGCUGUUUUAUCACUCUGCCGACUGUUCGAAAUAGUUGCUUGCCAACCAACUGUGAAUGUCAAGAGUCACGGAUCACAGCCCCUUUUGGAGAAAAUCUUCCUUUUUGCACUUGUCUGGACUGUGGGAGCAGCUAUGACAUCAAGCAGCCGGUCGCACAUUGAUUCAACAAUUCGUCAGAUUAGCAACAGCUUCCCUCCAUCUCAUACCGUGUACGACUACGCCCUGAGUGUUGAAAAGGGAGAGUGGACGUUAUGGGAGGACCGAGUUCCUUCGCCGUACAGGCCGCUAGAUGGCAUGCCAUUUCACCGGAUAUUCGUUCCAACGGCUGAUAUUGUUUGUCACGCUUUCCUCCUAGGUGGUCUUAUGCGACACAAAGUUCACUCUCUUGUGGUUGGGAGCCGCGGUUGCGGCAAAACUUCUUGUAUUUUAAAAGCCGUUCUAAACGACUUGCCUGACAGCGUCUACACAACAACAACGCUAACCUUUUCCUCACAGACCUCUUCAAGGGAAGCACAGGAGGGCUUCGAAAACAAACUAGAGAAACGUGUGAAGGGAAAAUGGGGACCACCUGGGAAGAGAACACUGGUUUGUUUCAUCGAUGACCUGGACAUGCCAAGACCAGAUCAAUUUGGUUCCCAGCCACCCCUUGAGCUUCUCAGACACUUUAUCGACUACGGCAGCUGGUAUGAUCGGAGCCGGCAGUCACUGAAGGUCGUUCUCGACAUGCAAGUUAUAGCAGCCAUGAGAUCCUCUGAAGGCGGUCGCUCUACAAUAGCUCCCCGGUUGCUAUCGCGCUUCAAUACUAUUGCAUUUCUAGAGCCCUCAUUGCCACGCCUCAACCGCAUUUAUCAAACGUUGGUUUUACACAAGUUUUCCGAUUUCAAAGAAGACGUGAGGAGUGCUGCAGAGAAUAUCGCAGCCGCAACUGUGGCACUGCACCAAGCAGUCCGCCAAAGCUUCAGACCGAAACCUGAGAAACCGCACUACCUUUUCAGCAUGCGGGACACGUCAAAAGUCGUUCACGGCCUCUACCAGGCUGAUCAUCGAUGCAUUGAGGAUAGGGAUGCUCUCCUUAAGCUAUGGUACGGGCUUUCAGGUCAAGCUACAAACAACAGGUAUCAUGAGUGUCAGCGUGUCUACCAAGACCGCCUAGCAUCUGUUGAAGAUGUAGACCAUUUUAUAGAAGUCCUGGAAAAUGUUCUUGAGAAAACGUUCCAAAUACGUACAAAGGAUUUGACAAAGGAUAGAGGCGUCCUAUUUAGUCACCUGCGUGCAGAGCAGUCUGGGGCAUUAGCAUUAGGUGGGUACGAGGAAGUGCAGGAUCGCCAGGCGUUGAGAGCCAGCCUUCAAGUAAAGCUGAAGGAGAUCAACGCAACAAGCAAGACCGGCACACUUCACUUGGUUCUCUUUAGGGAGGCAGUUGAGCACUGCUGCAGAAUUCACAGGGUGCUUUGUAUGCCCAGAGGUCACAUGCUGCUGGUUGGGGUUGGAGGCAGUGGAAGGCAAUCACUGGCCAUGCUUGCCACAAAGCUCCUGAACUUUAGCCUUUGGCAGGUCCGAGUGGCGAAAAACUUUACCAUUUGUGAAUUCAAAGAAGAUUUAAAACAGCAAAUAUUAAAAGCAGGUAUAGACGGCAGCCGGACUAGUAUACUGUUGACCGACAAAGAGCUCAAGACUGACGCGUUUUCAGAUUGCCUGAACAGCCUUCUAGCUGCUGGGCAUGUUCCAGGAAUGCUGGAUUCCGAAGGCGUGGGGAUGCUCGUAAAAGAUCUCCAUGCUGCAGCGGAAGCUGCAAAAGUUUCAGUACAGCCUGAUGCGAUUGUCGAGUUUUUCUUGUCACGCGUCAAGGAAAAUAUUCGCGUACUGCUUUGUGUUAGCCCAAUUGGGAGCAAGCUAAGGGACUACUGCCGGAUGUUUCCGGCAUUCAUAAAUGAAACGACAAUCGACUGGUUCUUCACCUGGCCCCAAGAUGCAUUGGAGGAGGUAGCAGCAACCUUCCUGGAAAAUGCGGAUAUGGACGGCGCAACUUGUGAAGCGGUUGCAAAAGCGAGCAGCUGUGUUCACAUGGAUGCUAUCAGUGAAGCUGAAGCUUUUUGGAGAGAGGCAAAGCGCACCAGUUAUAUAACGCCUACGAAGUUUUUACGACUUGUUAGUGGCUAUCGAUGCCUGCUGAAGGAAAAACGGGAUGGAGUUCACGAAAAGAUGAACAAACUGUCAACCGGUUUAGGCAAGCUAGUAGAGGCCCGACAUCAGGUAGAGGCAAUGAAUGAGGAGCUCGAAGCCAAAAAAGAGGAUGUCGCAAAAAAGCAGCGGGAGUGUGACGAACUGAUGGUGGUCAUUGUCGAGAAACGCACGCUGGCGGACGAACAAAUGAAGCAGGUUGAAGCAGACAGCGCCAGAAUUCAAACGGAAGAAGUGGAGACGAAGCUCCUUUCGGAAGAAGCUAGGCGAGACCUUGCCAAAGCAAUGCCAGCGCUAGAAGCAGCAAUAGAUGCUCUUGAGAAACUUGACAAGAAAUCAGUUGCCGAAGUCAAGGCGUAUACAAAGCCACCAGAACUCGUAGUCAAAACAAUGGCGGCUGUUAUGACAGUCAUGGAAAAGCCGCCUUCUUGGUCUCAGGCGAAAGUUGAACUGAAUGAUCCCAGUUUCUUGACAAGAGUUAAAAACUUUGACAAAGACUCAAUUACAAAUGCAACGUUGAAAAAGAUCGAGAAAUUCACAAAAGACCCUUCGUUUGCACCACCGAACGUUCAGAAAGUCUCUCGUGCUGCUGGAGCCUUGUGUUUGUGGGUCCAUGCCAUGCAAAUGUACGCGGAAGUCUACAGGGACGUUGAGCCAAAACGCCUGAAGCUUCGCCUUGCAGAAGAGGAGCUUGAAAAGAAACAAACGGACCUACGCCUGGCUCGCGGCAGGUCAGCACAGCAGCACGCAUGCGCAAGGCACCAGCUUAGAGCCAGAGCGAAGUGUAGAAAUUACGUAGAAGUCUGGGAGUUCCUUUGCAGGUUGGAGGACAUACAAAAACGGCUUGAGGAGCUGAAUAAGCAGUACGACGAGAGCCUUCGUAAUAAAGGCGAGCUCAACAAUUCAGCAGAGGAGUUACGAGUGAAGCUUGAAAGAGCAGAAAGCCUUAUUACUGGCUUGGCAGACGAGAGAGAUCGAUGGGAGCUAUCAUUAGAGAGCCACAGGGACAAACUCGACAAUAUUCCGGGAGAUGCUCUUCUUGGGGCUGCCUUCAUGUCGUACGCUGGCCCUUUUACAUCUCCCUAUAGAUCUCAUCUUGUAAGUUUGAAAGGAAGUUGUAAGCCUGCAACCAACCGUUUUAGUCGAUUUCCUGUCCACAAAAUAGCAGAGAAAAAGACGCGUUUUGAGAGGAAAGCUGAAGAGAUGCUUCUGCGGCACGGCCUGCUUGCCGACCGUACACUUCAGGUAAAGGAGCUGUGGAUGCGCAAACUGCAAGAUUCGAAUAUCCCCUGCAGCGCAGAUUUCGAUUUCACCGAUUUUCUUGUCACCGCUGUGGAAGUUCGACAGUGGCAGUUGGAUGGGCUUCCGACGGAUCCUUUUUCCGCCGAAAAUGGUGCUUUAAUAACGAAGGCUUCAAAAUGGCCUCUCAUUAUUGACCCUCAAAGCCAAGCUAAUCGGUGGAUUAGAAAGCUAAAGUCUCCAGAUAUCAUGGUUGUUGACCCUGAAUCGAAGUCACUAAUGCGGGUCCUUCACCUUUCGGUGCAAACCGGGCAUUCCGUAUUGCUGGAGCGCCUGCAGACUCAAAUAGAUCCAUCACUCGAGCCCAUUAUUACCAAGAACGUUGUUGAUGUUAACGGAAACCAUUUUGUUCGCAUUGGGGACCAGUUUGUGCCUUACAAUGAUAAGUUUUCUCUCUGGAUGACGACCAAAAUUGGAAAUCCUCAAUUUCCCCCAGAAAUCGAGGCAGAAGUCACAUUAAUCAACUUCGUCAUCAUGCAAGAUGGAUUGACGGAACAACUUCUGGGAAUUGUUGUAAUGAAGGAAGAGCCAAGCCUGGAAGCACACAAGCAUGCACUGGUUUUGAAACUUGCUGAAGGCCGGAAGCGUUUGCAAGACAUCGAGGAUCAAAUUCUCAAGCUUUUAACUGCGGCAAGAGGCUACCUUCUAGAUGACAUGGAGCUUAUCCGAGUGCUACAAGAUUCAAAACGCGUUGCAGGGGAUGUUACCUCACAAAUUGAAGUGUCCGAGCGCACCAUGAAGAAAAUCGAUCAAGCGCGGGAAGCAUACCGGUAA